AUGGAGAACGAUCACAAGCCUUCUGCUGUCGAGCAGCUGUCCACCACAGAACCCAAGUGGAUUCCGGUCGAAGAUCUCGCCAAAUACUAUACCGACCGCAAAACCCCCGGUCGCAAAUAUCCUGAGCAGCCUCAGCUCGACUUUGAGACUCUCUACAUUGACAACUCCUUCGACGAGAUUCAGGAGAGCGAGUCGAAACUUGGCGAUAAUAAGGAAGCCGGCGAAAACCAGGAAGCUGCCAAGCUCGCAAAGGAGUCUACAAUCAAGUCGCCGUACAUGACCGAAGCUGAGAUCGAGGCUAAGGCCAACUUGAUCAUCCAGGCGGCUACAGGCAGUGAAGAUGAGGAGGAAAGCAGCGAGGAAGAUGAGGAGAAGCAGGAGCCUCAAACCAAGAAGUCCAAUGGCGCAAAAUACAAGUCGUGCGACGAAUGCACCUGGGCAAGAGUCAAAUGCGUGCUUGGCAGGACGUCAAACAAGGAUGGCAGUAAGAUAUGCCUCGAAUGUGAGGAGCGUGGCCGCCGAUGCCACUUCAGCGUCAAAGGCCAGAGACCCGCGAAGAAGCCAUGA